CUAUCCGCCAUCUUGCUUCCAGCUGACGUGUUCUCUGCUCAUAUGGAUAUUUCCCCAAAUUCUGGCGAACUUCGGAGUCAGCGGAGGUUCCAAGUGUUCACUUGACAGGUACCAGGUGCUGUCGUACCUUAAUUUGAUCACACAAACCAGCCAUGGCGUUGGUGCAUUGUGGGUCUCCCACUGCAGUUUCCCAGGACAGCUGUGCGCUGUCGACAGGUGACGCCACGGGAACGCCAACUCCUGCCGAAGAGAGCUGCCAGGACUGGUCCAACAUUCAAGAUGAGCCACUCGACCUACAUGUGGAACCGCCUAGUCGUGUGGAACCGCCCAGUCAUGUAGAACCGCCCAGUCGUGUGGAACCACCCAGUCGUGUGGAACCAUCCAGUCGUGUGGAACCAUCCAGUCGUGUGGAACCGCCCAGUCGUGUGGAACCAUCCAGUCGUGUGGAACCAUCCAGUCGUGUGGAACCGCCCAGUCGUGUGGAACCAUCCAGUCGUGUGGAACCACCCAGUCGUGUGGAACCAUCCAGUCGUGUGGAACCGCCCAGUUGUGUGGAACCACCCAGUCGUGUGGAACCAUCCAGUCGUGUGGAACCGCCCAGUCGUGUGGAACCAUCCAGUCGUGUGGAACCGCCCAGUCGUGUGGAACCGCCCAGUCAUGUGGAACCAUCCAGUCGUGUGGAACCACCCAGUCGUGUGGAACCAUCCAGUCGUCUGGGACCGCCCAGUCGUGUGGAACCACCCAGUCGUGUUGAACCAUCCAGUCGUGUGGAACCGCCCAGUCGUGUGGAACCAUCCAGUCAUGUGGAACCAUCCAGUCGUGUGGAACCGCCCAGUCAUGUAGAACCACCCAGUCGUGUGGAACCAUCCAGUCAUGUGGAACCAUCCAGUCGUGUGGAACCGCCCAGUCAUGUAGAACCGCCCAGUCGUGUGGAACCACCCAGUCGUGUGGAACCGCCCAGUCGUGUGGAACCAUCCAGUCGUGUGGAACCGCCCAGUUUUGUGGAACCAUCCAGUCGUGUGGAACCGCCCAGUCGUGUAGAACUGCCCAGUCGUGUCACAAGCCACACUGGAGAGAAACCCUUCAUGUGUGAGAGGUGUGAGUACAGGACCUCUGACAAGUACCAUCUCUCACAACACAUGAAGACACACACAGGAGUGAAACUCUACAAGUGUGACCAGUGUGACUUUAGCACGUGUUGGAAAAAUAGCUUUCAAAGGCACAUGGCUAACCACACUGGUGACAAACCGUACAUGUGUGGGAGGUGUGGGUACAGGACAGCUGACAGCUUCCACCUCUCACAGCACAUGGCGAAACACACAGGGGAGAAACCCUUUAAGUGUGACCAGUGUGAUUACUGCACAACUUGCCAAGCAUACUUGAGAAAACACAUGAUUAAACACACCGGUGUGAAGCCAUACAAGUGUGACCAGUGCGACUUCCGCACCACUAGAAAGUCUAAGUUGGCCACACACAUGGCGAAACACACCGGGGAGAAACCGUACAAGUGUGACCGGUGUGACUACUCAGCGGCCGCAAAGUUUAGCUUGGACAUGCACAUGGCGAAACACACAGGAGAGAAGCCAUACGCAUGUGACCUGUGCGACUUCUGCACUGCUUGGAAACAAAACCUGAACAUCCACAUGGCGAAACACAGAGGGGACAAACCCUACAUCUGUGUGGAGUGCGGGUACGAAACGGCCGACAAGUCCAACCUGGCACGGCACAAGAAGACACACACUGAGGACAAGCCGUACAAGUGUGACCAGUGUGACUUCUGCUCAGCCAGGAAGUUCAACCUGGACACCCACAUGGCCACCCACACAGGGGAGAAACCCUACAGCUGCGGGGAGUGUGGGUACAGGACAGGUGACAGGUCCAGCCUCUCCAGGCACGUGAGGAAACACACAGGGGAGAAACCGUACCGGUGCGGGGUGUGCGGUUACGGGGCAGGCAGGAGGUUUAACCUGUACAGACACAUGAAGAAGCACGGAGGGAAGAUGCCGUACGAGUGCGGCCAGUGCGAGUAUGCCACGAUUCAGGAGCAAAACCUGGUCCAGCACAUGGCCACACACACUGGGGAGAAACCGUGUAAGCAGGGCGGAUCGACAGAGGUGCAGAGUCAAGACCACGACAGCCAUGUAGCGAAUCACGUCGGACAGAAACAGCACGUGUGUGGCGAGUGUGGGUACAGAACAGCUCGUAGGUACCGCCUGAUCAACCAUCUGAUGACUCACUCUGGAGAGAAACCCUACAAGUGUGACCGGUGUGACUUUGGCACGUGCUGGAAGAAAAGCUUUGAGAGGCACAUGGCUAACCACACUGGUGACAAACCCUUCCUGUGCGGGAGGUGUGGGUACAGGACAGCAGACAGGUUCCACCUCUCACAACACAUGAAAACCCACACAGGGGAGAAACCGUACAAGUGUGACCAGUGUGACUACUGCACGGACAGGAAACCUAACCUGAGAAAGCACAUGAUCAGGCACACAGGUGAGAAACCCUACCUGUGCGGGAAGUGCAACUACAGCACAGGUGACAAGUCCUGCCUAACUAGACACAUGAAGACCCACACAGGGGAGAAGCCCUACAGGUGUGACCAGUGUGAUUACUGCACGGCUAGGAAGGGACUGUUGGACAUGCACAUGGCUAAACACACAGGUGACCAGCAGGCAGGUGAGAGGGAGAAGCCCUACCUGUGUGGGGAGUGUGACUUCAGGACAGCCUACAAGGCCAGCCUGGCCCACCACAUGAAGGUCCACAGAGGGGUGAAACCCCACAUGUGCGACCAGUGCGGCUUCAGGACACUCUACAGACGAGGGCUGACCAAGCACAUGAGAACUCACACAGGGGAGAAACCCUUCAAGUGUGGCUUUUGUGGCUAUUCUGCCAUUCGGAAGGACCGCCUAAAGAGCCACAUGGCCAAACACCACAGCGACCAACCCUACCUGGAUAACUGUUACCAUGGAAAUGAUGAUCAGGUGUUAAACACACAGCUAGAUGCUGCCAUGUAUGUGUGACUUAUACAUGUGGCAGUUCCCAUGUAUGUGUGACUGUUCUAUGUGGCAGUUCCCAUGUAUGUGUGACUGUUCUAUGUGGCAGUUGCUAAACACAGUUAGAUGCUGCCAUGUAGUGUGACAGUUAUAUGUGGCAGUUCCCAUGUAUGUGUGACAGUUCUAUGUGGCAGUUCCCAUGUAUGUGUGACUGUUCUAUGUGGCAGGUGCUAAACACAGAUGCUGCCAUG